AUGGAUCCUGUGGCAGCUGAGGUUUUGGUGAGUCGCUUAGUUCUGCGCGAGUUGGAUCGCGUCAUUUUAGGUCCUGCGCGAAGCGCUGAGGAAAGUGGUGGUGUCGAUGAACUCCACACUGUCAGUAUCCCCUUCUUUGUGCUCUCCUUCUGCUUCAUCCACACUGGUGAGGCAGUGAUCGAGGAUGAGCAGGAAUCUGAGGUGCCCAGCCAGGUGAGGGAGGACCACCAGCAGGAGAUCUUCCCCGCCUUUCCCCGAGAGCCGGGUCCCCCGCUGCCGGCGCUGCCCGCGCUGCCCGCGCUGCCCGCGCCCGCGCAAACGGCUGAAACUCCAUCUGAAGUGGUUCCCAUCCAGGAUCCCAUGUCGUACAGCGUAUAG